AUGACAGGGGAUGUUGCCCCAGCAUCCCAGCAGGCCGGCCCAGCUGCUGCAUCUGCACCCACCCCUGGGGAGCCCAUGGAUGUGGAGUGUCCCAUCUGCUACCAGGAGUACAACCAGUACAACAAAUGUCCCCGCAUGCUGGAGUGCCACCACGUAUUUUGCACCGAGUGCCUCCAGAGGAUCCAGCUCAGCCGUUUCGAGCCACCGGACCCCCGCAUCCAACCAGCCGUCCUCUGCCCCCUGUGCCGCCACCUCACCCCUCUAGAAUCUGGGGAUCCCCUCUCCUUGCCCUCCAACUCUCACAUCCUGGCCAGGCUGCCCCCCUUGGCCUUCCGCCUGCCUGCGACCAUGGCUACCCACCUGGCCACGGUCACCCAGAGAGUGGUGGUGUCCCUGGAGGGCGAGAACAGGGACACCCGCUUCAUCAUCCUGCCCACUGUGAGCCUGCGGGUGCAGCAGAUGCACCCGGCCGGGCCGUACGUCGCGACACCAGGCCUGGUGGGCGAGGACGAGGUCAUAGAGCAGAGCAAGAAGACCCUGUUCAUUGUGCAGCUGCUGGCUGUCAUCUUCUGGGUGGUGUUUGUCAUCACCUGCGUGGUCGGGGUGGUGUUUGGGCCACAUUUCAUAAAGAGUUGGGAUUAACUCUAGUGGAAGACACUGUGAUAAACAUAGGUUCAAGUUUGAAAUGGGAAAUUAUUGAGCUCAUAAAAGAAAAAUAUAAAUUCAGUUAUAUUUGACUCUUUAUGAGGCCAAAUCAAAAAUUUUACUCGUCCCUAAUCACUGCCCUGAAUAUAUGCUCUUUGGUGAGAAAUAGACUGAUGAAGAGUGUCCUCUAGUGGCUUUUAUGGAAAUAGAUCAACUAAGCUCACAGAGUUAAUAAUCAAUGAUAUAUAAUAUUUUGUCAAAUGUUCUUCUCUCUGAUGUUUAUUAUUUGUUGUUAAUCUCAAUGUUGUUUGCAGUUUGUCCCUGUUUAAUGAUGUCAUUAGAGUCCAAAGCAUAUGAUUGUGCCUUAAUUUAAUAAAAUAAAAAUGGCUAUAGCACA